AUGAAAUGUAUAAUGGCUUCACGGCUUGACCGCAGACGCGGCAUUGGGCCUGAGUACCGGGAGGCAUUGGCCCAAGCGCAGCCUCCCUGCAUUCCCUUCCUGAGUACUCCCUUCCCCCCCCCCGACAGACGCCUCUUGGGGCCUGGUGAUAGUGGCCUGAUGACGACGCUGGUGCGUGGACGUCUCCUGACAGACCUGGAUAAUGGUGGCCAAGUCAUGGGCGUGCAGGCCAGGGUGAGCUUUGCUGCGUGGCGUUGGCGCAGACCACACCUGGCCUUCGUGUUACGCAUCAAGACCGGGUCGCCCCCUGCGGCCAAUGAAGAGAGCCAACGGCUCGUUUCCCGGCUGCUGGCACUCGGGGGACCCCGGCGAAGAGGUGGGCAAGGGACAGGGCAACGCAAACAGGUUACGAGCGACAUCUUGGCUUUCUUACACGAACUCGAACUAGAACGACAAGGCCUGAUUUGA